CAGGGGCGGACUGACAACUCAUGGGGCCCCCGGGCAAUAGGGGAUCAUGGGGCCCCUGUGUCCUUGCCCAAACUCAAAAAAGCCUAUGAAAAAGGUACCAGGGGCAUCUCAUGAGGCCCCAUACUGACCCCGGGCCCUCGGGCAGUGCCCGAGUUUCCAAAUGGUCAGUCCGCCCCUGGUACAUUAACGAAAAGGCUAGUUGGUUGUGUUUGCCCCACAGACUAAAGAAUCCCAGUCCUCCCUUGCCCAUGAAGCUUGCAUCAAAACACAUACUGUAUAAUCAAACUGUUUUUUUUUUUAUUUUAUCU